AUUACAACCAUGUCUGCCAAACCUAUUAGAGAAUAUGAUGGCAAGUUGUUAUUAGCUUAUCACUUGUUACGUGCUCCUUUGUUAUCAAAUGACCAACAAACAUCAUUAUUCACACCUGCUGCUACCAAGUUGGCUCAAGUUAAUGUGGAUACUUCUCUUAAACAAGCUGGUCCAGGUACUUUUGAAACUGCUUUAAAACAACAAUUGGAUCUUUUGGAACAAUCUCAUCCUUGGUUAUUAACAGACAAGUUGGUGGCCAAACCUGAUCAAUUAAUCAAACGACGUGGAAAACACGGUUUAUUAACUUUGAAUAAAUCUUGGUCUGAAGCUCGUCAAUGGAUUGAAGAACGUGCUGGCAAAGAAAUUCAGAUUGAAAGAACGACCGGUGUAUUGAAAACUUUCUUGGUGGAACCUUUUACUCCUCAUCCUUCUAAUACUGAAUAUUAUAUCUGUAUCAAUUCUGAACGUGAUGGUGAUAAUAUCUUAUUUACUCAUGAAGGUGGUAUUGAUGUUGGUGAUGUUGAUGCUAAAGCUCUCAAGUUACUUGUCAAGGUCGAUGAAGAAUUUCCCUCUCCUUCUACUAUCAAGGAAACUCUUUUGAAAGAUGUACCCGAAUUCAAACGUGAUGUCUUGGUGGACUUUAUUACUCGUCUUUAUGCUGUCUAUGUUGAUUUACAUUUCACUUAUUUGGAAAUCAAUCCUCUAGUCGUUACUGAUCCUGUUGAAGGUCAAACUCCUCAAGUUAUGUAUUUGGAUUUGGCUGCCAAGUUGGAUCAAACCGCUGAAUUCGAAGCUGGUCCUAAAUGGGCAAUCGCUCGUUCUCCUCAAAACACUGGUGUCGUCACUUCUGAACAACAUGUUGAUCAAGGUCCCCCCAUGGUUUUCCCUGCUCCUUUUGGUCGGGAAUUAACAAAGGAAGAAGCUUAUAUUCAAGAAUUGGAUGGUAAGACAGGUGCUUCUCUCAAAUUGACUGUACUCAAUAAAGAUGGUCGUGUUUGGACAAUGGUUGCUGGUGGUGGUGCUUCUGUUGUUUAUUCUGAUGCUAUUGCUGCUCUUGGUUAUGCAAAUGAAUUGGCAAACUAUGGUGAAUACUCUGGUGCUCCUACUGAAACUCAAACUUAUGAAUAUGCCAAGACUAUUUUGGACUUGAUGACUCGUGGUGAUGCUAAUCCUCAAGGCAAGAUUCUCUUUAUCGGUGGUGGUAUUGCUAAUUUCACCAAUGUCGCUACUACUUUCAAGGGUAUUAUUCGUGCUUUGACUGAAUUCAAGCGUGCUUUGAUUAAUCAUAAGGUUCGUAUUUUCAUCCGUCGUGGUGGUCCUAACUAUCAAGAAGGUCUUCGUGCCAUGCGUCAAUUGGGUGAAACUCUUGGUGUGGAAAUUCAAGUAUUUGGUCCCGAAACUCAUAUCACUGAAAUUGUACCUUUGGCUCUUGUUGGUAAAUCUUCUGAUAUUAAUGGUGCUGUCUCUGCUGGUAAUGGUGCUUCUUCUGGUAAUUUAUUCCAAGAUCAACUUCUCGGUACUUCGACCCCUGUUUCUCAAGCCAACAGUCCAAAACUCAAGAUCGCCGAUGAUAACGCUACUCCUUCUGAUAUCAGCAAUCGUAUGCAAUACUUCGAUAACAGUCAAAGUGAAACCCGUGAAUGGUACCGUCCCUUCACCAGCAAGACUCGUGCUUUUGUAUAUGGUAUGCAACCUCGUGCUGUCCAAGGUAUGCUUGAUUUUGAUUUUAUGUGUAAGCGUGAAGCUCCUUCUGUGGCUGCUAUGGUUUAUCCCUUUGGUGGUUCUCAUGUGCAAAAAUUCUACUGGGGUACCAAGGAAACAUUGAUUCCUGUUUUCACCUCUCUCAAAGAAGCUGUUGAACGAUUCCCUGAAGUUGAUAUGGUUGUGAACUUUGCCUCUUGUCGCUCUGUCUAUGAAUCUACUCGUGAACUCUUCUCUUAUUCCUCUCAAAUCAAGACAAUCGCCAUCAUCGCUGAAGGUGUACCUGAACGUCGUGCUCGUCAACUCUUACAUGAAGCUGAACGUCGUCAAGUACUCGUGAUUGGUCCUGCUACUGUUGGUGGUAUCAAGCCUGGAUGUUUCAAGAUCGGUAAUACUGGUGGUAUGAUGGAUAACAUUGUGGCUUCUAAGCUUUAUCGACCUGGUUCCGUUGCAUACGUAUCCAAAUCUGGUGGUAUGUCCAAUGAAUUGAACAAUAUUGUGUCCCGUACUACUGAUGGUGUUUAUGAAGGUGUGGCUAUUGGUGGUGAUCGUUAUCCUGGAUCUACUUUCAUCGAUCAUUUACUUCGUUACGAACAAGAUCCUAACUGUAAGAUGCUUGUGUUACUUGGUGAAGUGGGUGGUGUAGAAGAAUACAAGGUGAUUGAAGCUGUUCGCAAUGGUACAAUCAAGAAACCAGUGGUUGCCUGGUGUAUCGGUACUUGUGCCAAGAUGUUCACAACUGAUGUCCAAUUCGGUCACGCUGGUGCCAUGGCUAACUCUGAUCUCGAAACUGCUGAUGCUAAGAACAAGGCUAUGCGUGCUGCUGGUAUCGUUGUUCCUGACACUUUUGAAUUGAUGCCUCAAGCUUUAGCCGAUACUUUUACUAAACUUGUUCAAGAUGGUAUUGUGAUUCCUCGUGCUGAACCUGAAGUUCCUAAGAUUCCUAUUGAUUACUCCUGGGCUCAAGAAUUAGGUUUGGUUCGUAAACCUGCUAGUUUUGUCUCUACUAUUGUUGAUGAUCGUGGUCAAGAACUUUUGUAUGCAGGUAUGCGUAUUACUGAUGUUUUCAAAGAUGAUAUUGGUAUUGGUGGUGUUUUGUCUCUUCUUUGGUUCAAGCGUCGCUUACCUGAUUAUGCUGGCAAGUUUAUUGAAAUGGUACUUAUGUUGACAGCUGAUCAUGGUCCUGCUGUGUCUGGUGCUAUGAAUACCAUCAUCACUACUCGUGCUGGAAAGGAUUUGAUUUCAUCAGUAGUAUCUGGUUUGUUGACCAUCGGUGAACGAUUUGGAGGUGCAUUGGAUGGUGCUGCUACUAGUUUCACAAAGGCAUAUGACAGUGGCAUGACCCCUCGUGAAUUCGUGACAUCCAUGCGAAAGGCUAACAAAUUGAUUCCUGGUAUUGGACACAAGAUCAAAUCUCGUACUAACCCCGAUAUGCGUGUGGAAUUGGUGAAAUCCUAUGUCAAGAAGAACUUCCCCAACACUCCUAUCUUGGAUUAUGCUUUGAAGGUGGAAGAAAUUACUACUAGCAAGAAGGAUAAUUUGAUUCUCAAUGUGGAUGGUUGUAUUGCGGUAUCAUUUGUGGACUUAUUACGUGAAUCCAAUGCAUUCACCCCUGAAGAAGCCGAAGAAUACAUGCGUAUUGGUACUUUGAAUGGUCUGUUUGUAUUAGGUCGUACUCUUGGUUUCAUCGGUCAUCAUUUGGAUCAAAAGCGUCUCAAGCAAGGCCUAUACCGACAUCCUUGGGAUGAUAUCUCUUACUUGCUUCCUUCUUUGGAACCUGAAUCCUUGGAUCCUCGACGUAUCACUGCUCGUGUCAAUGUUCAACCCAAAUAGAUUAGUGACCUUUCCCUUUAAUUUUUUUUUUUUUUUAAUUAUCAUAUUUAUAUAUACACACCUCUUUUUUAUAGUAUGUUAUAGUAACACUUUUUUUUUCUAUCACUUAUUAGGAUCCAUUCCCCCCCCUUUUUUUUUUUAAUUCAUCCUUUGUAUACAUCUUCUCAAUUUGAAUAAAAAUGAACCCAAACCCAUUUGUCUAAAUAUAUCAAUAAAAUAGUCUAGUUGCAAAGUCCCAUUCUGUCAAAUGUUUGAUGAUUUACU